AUGUUGUGUCUGUCGUCGAGACAGGAAUCUCAACGUUGCAACUAUCUGAGCAGGUUGGGAUGCAAGCCAGCAGUGCGCUCGCUGCGAAAUGCAGCGAACGUCUGCCAGCAGGCUGGCAGCAUCUUAGCUAGACUCUUCAAUUGCGGCGCCACCACUGUACCCAGUGACAAAGCUGGGUGGAUACAAUUGUACAUUGCUCGAUCUCUGCGCUGGAUGGACUGCGUAGCGAAGGAGCAUGCAAACGCAGAUGUUAAUUAUGAGCAGCGGCCGAUCAAGCAUCCGCAACCGCCUCUCCAGCAUGCUCCAACCAGGCAACCCCAUCUAGUCCCGUGCAUGGUCAGAAGUGCAAUGUAUGCCAGUACUACUUCGGCCGCACUACUCAUUUUCAUCGACAUUCUCAGUAGUACUGCUAUAACUGUCCUCACUCCUGUUGCUGUCACUUUCGUCAUCUGGACGAUCAGAGUCGAGAAUGAAACACCACCCUCAAGCCCGCACCUCAGUGAUGCAAUUUGCAUGGACCCACCCACACUUACUCGGUUCCCACCCGCUCCAUUCCUCCAUCGGAUCUCAAAGCAAAUGAGGUUUUUCAACAAGUCGCCGUACGGAAAGUCACGCUGUACCAUAUGGUUCGGCAACAAGAUAUACCUCGUUGUGGUCUAGUUUAUGUCUAAGUCUUUGACAAACUGGUUUUUGGCAAUAUGGGUGAACUCGGUCUAGGCUAGACCGCCAAACUCGGUCUUAUACCGCCGAGCUCGAUCAAAUACCGCUGCAAUCCAUGAUGCGGAGCGCAAAUCUCUGCAUAUGGAAAUCUAGUGCCAAGCCACUGCUACACCUUGCUCUCGUUGGCAAGCUCACACUGGCAGUAUCCGUCAUGGCCACCAUCUGUUAUUAUUCUUGCAGACGGUGUUGACAAUGGGAUUGGGGUAGAGAAUUCAAUUGUAUCGUACCGAGCGUUUCUGCAUAACUACCCAAUGUGAUUUCCUGGCCAAUCAGGUAUGUCGCAUGAUGUCGAUGAAGCAAUUGUCUGUAUGAUGGACGCGAGAAUUUGUAUUUCUUUUGGGGAGAGCCUC